AUGGGGAGACAGACUUUUGAGGAUAAUGAGGAGAUCAUUUAUUCGUCAUACCUUGUAAAGAAGCCGACGGUUUCAAAGUCACUCUCAUCCACAAAACAGCUUGCAAAAAGCUGGACUAACUGGAGUGUGAAAAAGGCUCCACACAACCACGAGUAUUGGUGUGUGCUUAGGAAUACUCAGUUUAGUUACUAUAAGGAUGAGUCUGAAAGAGUUGCCGAAAAGGUGAUCCCGAUUCAAGAUAUAUUAGGGUGCCGUGCAUAUGAUGAUAACAAGCUAGAUAUAUUUACAAAAGGUAUGACGCUACGAUUUAAAUCAUCUGAUGAGAAUGUGAUACGUAACUGGAUGCAGGCUAUCACGAAGUUGCUUCCACACUUGAACAAUUACGGUUCAGAAUCUGAUCUAGAGAUUGCAGAGAGUGACGACGAGCUGCCGGAAGGCUGUAAGAAUGACGAAAAUGAUGCCGUGGAACAGAGUUCUACAUCUAAUGUGCAAUCUAUAAACAAUGGGAUCCUUGAGGAAGAUAAAAAGUUCUUUGACUUCUAUGAUAUAACAAAACCUUCCCAUUUGAUUCAAGCAGGUCUGAUAUUCGCUAAAAACAAACGCUCGUUGACGGGCAAAAAAUGGAAACCUUACAAGUGCCAAUUAACCAACAAAUCGCUAAAGAUAUGCUCACUAAAGACACAAGAGUGUAGAUACUGCAUUCCAAUGGAAAAAGUUGUUGAUUGCAUCGAAUUGGACAGCAAAGACCCGUUAUUUGCUGUUGUGACGUUCAACCAGAGACUCAAGCUACGGGCAAAUAAUGAGGAUGAGCUAGUGGAUUGGAUCAUCAAUCUCAAAAGCUGUGUAAUGGUUAGAAACUCUUUAGCAUUCACUUCUAAGGAAGCUGCAAGAGAAGCCUUAAAGGAAACUCAAGGUUAA